AUGGAUCCUUAUACUAACCUUUAUGAUGAGCUGUUUGCCUUUGCAAAUAAGGAAAACAGGGCACUACAUAAGAGGAUCCUUGCAAAGAACGAAGAAUUAGCUAAAGUUAAAAAUGAAUGCACAGAUUUACAAGAUAGAUUAAACGUUCUUAACGAGCACUUACAAAGUGUAACAACAGAAGUUAAAUCAACACAAGAAUUACUUACAGCAAAAGAAGCUCAAGCAACAGAAGAGCAACAUUUACAGCAAUUAAGUGAAAGAGAAUACGGAAAAAUUGUUAGCGAAGUUAGAAAACUAGAAGAUGAAACAACAAAGGUUCAAGCUAAAAAUAGCGAAGUUCAAUCUAAAAUUUUUAAAUCACAACAAAGAAUAGAAGCAUUCAAAGAAGAAUACGCUGCAAAUGAAGAACAAUUACAGCAAUGGAUUCAAGCCGCAAGAGAUAAGGAAGAAGAUUUCCUUGUCCUUCAACGUUAUCAGCGUGAAGAUGAAGGCAAAAUUCGUAAUAUGUUGUUAGAAAUCGAAAAAUCUCAAGGUAUUGUUGAGCAAAAGAGAGCAGAACUUGAGGCAGAAGUGACCCAAACUCGUGCUCUUCAAAUUGAAUUAGAUAUGACAGCAGAACAAUUCAGAAAAUUACACGAUGAAAGAAAUCAGCUUUUAUCUCAAUGGGAAAAUACGCUUCAACAACUUCAAUCUCUUAAUGUCGCUAUCGAAAAGACUACAGAAGCAUACGACUCUAGAAAAGGAGAAACAGACAGAAUAUCAAAUAAUGUUCGCGAAGAGAAAAAGAAUUUGGAGAAAGCAGAGCAAGAUAAUAAAGCUUUAGAUCGUCGUCUAACAAUUGGUGAUCAUCAAGUUACUCAAAAACAUAAACAAUUCGAAAUUGAUAAUGCAAAUCUACUCGAAUUCAGCGAAACUGUCGAAACUCAGCGACAUGCGCUUGAUAAAGCCGAAAGUAAUGAACGCGCCAUCAGAGAAGAGAUCGAAGAAUUCAAAAGAAAAACCGGAUUAGAAGUUCAGAAAAAAGAAGCUUAUUUACAACGACUUAAACUCACGAAAGACGCAUUAUACACACAAAAAGACUCAACCGAGGAACUUCAACAACAAACAAAUGUCAUGAACGAAUUUCUCAAGAAAGAAAAUGAUACAUUGAAAGAUUUGAUGAAGAAAAUCGAAGCGGAAAAAGGUCAAAUCUACAAAUUAUCACAGGCUGUUUACGAAGAACGUAAGAGAGAAAAGAAUCUUCUUGCAGAAAUGCAAGGAAGUCAAAGCCGUGCUAAGAACUUGCAACUUAAGAUUCAAGAAUUCGAUAGAGAAACACAGAAACAAGAAGAACUCAAAUACAACUCAAAUUUCCAGAUUCAGCAAAUGGAGAGAAAGAUUUCGAGAAUAGAAGGCGACAGAACAGAAGAAGAAAAGAUAGAAUUGCAAGCUAAAAUCGACCAACUUCAAGAAACUCUUUCACAGAAGAUGUCCGUUGAAAAGAUGCUUGGUCAACAAUUACACAGAUUAGAUUUAGAUUUAAGACAAACAGCUCGAAGAAAAGAAAACGCCGAGAAACAGAAACUCGAUCUUGAAACUAAAUUGAAUGAAUUGCGUUUGGAUCAAGAGUCAUUAGAUAAAAGUACAGCAAGAGCUCGAAGCCAGAAAGAAACAGUUCUUGUCCAAAUCAACAUGUUAAGGCUUCAAGUCGAGAAACUUUCAGAUCAAGUUGCCGCCAAAAGUGAUGAGCUUAUUUCUCUCGAAAAUAGGCGUCAACAACUCCAACUUUCUAUGCAAGAAAGAGUUCUUGAAAUCGAUGCACAUCUUUCAGCAUUAAGAACAGAACUUAAGAUAGAAGAAGAAGCAAGGCAUCUUGCAAUUACAGAGUUAUCAGAAAGAAAGAAGAGAAGUGAAACUUUACAAGCAAAAUUCAAAGUUAUGAUGGGCAAAUACCAAAAAGAAGGAGAAGAAGAACCUUCUCAAGCCACAAAUAUUAUCAAAUUCGCCAGAGAAAGAGAAGAAGUCUCUAGAAAAGGUGAUGAAUUAGAAGCUGAAGUCACAAAAGCAGUUAAAGAACUUCGUGCUCUUGAAAAGGCAAUGAACAAAAUCAAUGGACAAAACACCAAAUACAGAGAAGGAUUCAAAACCAUUGACCAAAACGAUGCUGACAUGGAAAGAAAGAAGACAUUGGAAGAACAAAAGAAACUUGCUCAGCAGCGUUUGAACGCUCGUCGUGCAGAUGUUAGACGUCGCAGAGAAGAGCACGAAGCAAUGGAUCAAGCAUAUCAACAACAACAAGAUAAAAUUUCUAAUUUACAGAAUGAAAUCCAGAAAAUGAAACCAUUUGUUGAUAAAACAUCUUCAGAAAAUAAUGAACUCAAAGAGAAACUAAAGCGUGCUAAUAUUGCUUUAACAAAAGCACGCGAGGCACAUAGAAAAACAGAAAAUAUUCCAGCUGAUGCAAAUUACCCUGCAACAUUGCUGGAAAUGGAUAUAGAACUUAAACUCGCAAGGACAACAAUUGAUGGCGUUGUCAGCGAAUUAACAACUUUAGCAGAGAACAACAGAGAAAUGGAACCAAAGUUAAGACUGGCAUUAUCUCAAGCAGGAAUAACGAUGAGACAAAUGCAACAACCAACAUCAUCAAAAGCUAAUAUAACUAUGCCAAAUCUUAACUCCAGACCUGCAUCAUCAGCUUCAUCAAUAAGAAGUGGUGCUUCCUCACAGAAUUCAGCAAGAUCCGGAAUUUCUCAGAAUUCAGCAAGAUCUGGAACAUCCCAGAACUCUGUUCGAUCUGCAACAUCAAUGGCAUCAAAUGCAUCAAAGGGUAGUAAAAAGUCAAAUCUUUCUACACAUUCCAAUGCUUCUAAAAAUAGCCAACAAGGAAGCGCUAGAAGCAAUGCAAGUGAUGCUAGUGAUUUAUCAGUUCACAGUACUUCAUCUUCUUCUUCAAGAAGAGCUACUACUGCAACUGGAGCAAGAAUAGCAAAACCUGUAACACCAAGGCGUAAUGUUUCAAAGAAAUAA